AUGAACGGUAAAGGAGGAGCUCAGGUCAACACUGGAGCAAUCACGCAUGCCACUGAUACGCUUGGCUUACCACCUCGACCAGAACAUCGCCCAGCAGACGUCCACAGUGUAGUAGAAACCGUCGAUCGAUACAAUCCAGAAAACAUUCCCAAACUAGAAGAAUAUGUCCGACAACAGCUCGAAAAGAGCUUCUACGACCGAGACGCCAACCUAUCAAUGCUAAAACUAUACCAAUUCAACCCCAACCACUCAAUCCACCAACUUGACACCACCAUAAACAUCCUUAUAAAAGCCCUCACAGCCCUCCCAGACCCAGACUUUAACCUAUAUCUCGCCCUCCUUACCGAAGAAGUAAUGACGGAAGAAACUAUAGAACGUCUAAUCGCCCUCCAACAACUCCUCGAAUCAUGUCGCUUUGAAGAAUUCUGGAAACUGGUCGAAUCCACUGAAAAGCUCCCCACAUUACGUGACGUGCUUGAACCAUGUCGUGAUUUCGAUGUAGAUGUACGUGAUUUUGUAGCAUUGACGCUGAGUAUUGCGUACCAGGCAGUGCAGAUGGAUUCGCUGGUGAAAUAUCUGGGGUUGGAAGAAGGAGAAGAUGUGCGUGACUUUAUAAAGGAGAAAGGGUGGAGUACUGAAAAAUCGGGGAAUACGUUGUUGGUUAAGAUGGUGUCUAGUGUUAGUGUCACAAAGCCGUUGAUUGUGGAACAGCAUGUCAAGUUUGGGGAUUUGAAAAAGAUUAUUCAGCAUGGGAGGAUUUUGGCUUGA